CUUUGUUUGUCUUUCGAAAUAUCAAGAACUCGUGAUGCUGCAGCUAUUUUGAUAUUAGUACAAAUAAGUUUGUAAUAAACAUUUUCUUCAGAUCUCUAGGAAUACUUCUUUGGGUACAAGCUGAUGAUUUUAUGAUAUAUUACAAAUGGGCGUUAUAAGACAGAUAAGACAGCUGCUCUGGAAAAAUUUCGUCCAAAGAAUACGUGAGCCGCAUAUUUUACUGUUAGAGAUAGUAUGGCCGAUUUUCAUCUUUGUAAUCGUGGCUUUAAUCAGAACAGCUAUACCACCAGAGGACAAACCAACGUGUUCAUAUGCACCUCAUGCUAUGCCCAGUGCAGGUUUGGUGCCAUUCCUACAGUCUUCAAUAUGCAAUAUAGAUAAUAGAUGUGAAGACAGACAGAAAAUAGAAGACAGACUAGCACAAGCUUCAAAAUUAUCAGCUUUAGUGUCCGAUGUAGAACCAUACAUAGUUAAACAAUCAACACUUGAUGCUUUAGAUUCGAUAGAAACAGCUGUGGAGCUUGCAGAUGUUCUUGUAAAUCCUUCCACAAACGGGAGCCUUACAUCAUUCAUUGGUAAUGAUACCUUAAUGGUAAAAAGUUUUUUCAAAGAUCCUGGAAAAAUAAAGACAAUCUUAGUUGAAGACAUGAAAGUUAUGAGUCCUGUUGUAGCAGAUGCGUUUCUUAAUUCAACUGUGAAUGUUAUAGAGUUAUUUAAUGCCAUGACAACAGGAUACAUAGACUUCAAAGGAAUUGUAUGUGAUCAAACUAAACUUUCCAGUUACAUGUUCUUUCAAAAGAACGUAAAUAUGACAAUGGUUACCAGAGAACUUUGUGAGAUACCAGAUGAUGCAAUUUCUGGAAUUACAGACAUGCUUUUACAACAGUUAGAUGUUGCUGCUAUAUUUAGAGUGGCUAAGUCUUUCACAGCAUUAUCCAUGGACUAUGAGUUAGCUGAUGGGUUGGAUGACAUAGCUACAAUGAUUGACUUGUUAUCAGGGACCUCCAGUUUGAGUUCGUUUAUUGGUUCAAUGUCAGACAUACAAAAUAUGAAGGACAUGCUGAAAAACAUCCCAAUGUACCUUGAUACAUUGACCAAGAUGGGAAAACUAGACACAAGGAGUUUUGAUGAUUUGCUGUCUUGGGUUGAACCACUUGUAAAGAGGUACAGUUCAGACCUUACAGGAUGGAAUCAAACUGUGGCUAUGUUCCAACAGUUUAAGCAGAUAACAGAUGCUGUAGGGUCAGGUACAGAUGCCAAUUGGACAGCAUUAUUCAGUAAUGGUAUGGGUCUGUUAAAUAGUCUGAACUCUAAUGAUACAGAUACCACACUGCUUACACAACUAAUGGGUAUACAAUCCAUACCAGAUUUGACCAACCUGACUAUGGCAUUAUUCGCAGGUGAUAUGACAGCUCUUUCACAAUUGUCAACAACAUCUUCCUUGACCUCUAUACAACAGAUGAUAACCUCCAUGGUAGGAGAGUCAACAAUGCAGUCGAUGUUGGGAAUAGCUGAUACACUGGUUGAUAUGGCUUUGUUAACAAUGGACUAUUUAAAAGAUUCCAACAGAUUUGUAACUGAUAUGAUGAAAGACGAUUCAGCUGUUAUUAAUGCUAUGGAGAAACUGACCAAUUAUGGACCAAAUGUAACAAUGGAAGUCAUGUACAGAAUGCUACAAGUAGACAAUGUUAUGACACUGUAUAACAGUACAAACAGUUAUGUAGCAGUAUGCCGUGAUGCUAUGAAGAAUGUGAAGAACAUAAACGAAACAACAAGAUCCGUGUUGGAGAGUGUACUGUGUAUUGAUGACAUUAGUACAGCUAUCAGCCAAAUUAUGGCAGCAUUCAAUACACAAACAUUCCAGAAACAGAUGGAGACUCAUUUAAUGAAAAUGGAUAAUAUACUGAGUAUGACAACUGUACCAUCAGAAGUAAAACUAGAUGAUGUAUAUAAAAAAGUAGAGAAUUUUACAGCAGAAAUUGGUAUGUUUAUGAACAUGUCAUCGUGGUUUGGCGAUAUAACAUCAGCGACAGGAAUAGAUACAAAUACAGAGGAAUGGAAGCAAAUAUCUGACAAAAUCUCUGGUAUGAUGAGUCAAACUAGUUGGCCAGUAGUUGUUGUGACAUUAGGACCAUUGAUAGAAGAAACAGAGAUGUGGAAAUCAAUGGAACCUACAAUUAGAGCUGUCAACACAUUUAUGGAGUCAAGUGUAAAACAGAUGGAACAAUUAAAUGAUGCCUCUAGUUCUAUGUCAAAGAUGAAUGAGAUGCUUAAGUAUGUCAUGAAUUAUUCUCCUGAACUUGUACAAGGAGUCUUUGAUAUGAUGAAAAACCCAGAGAUGAUGAAUGCUGCCUUUUCCAGUAAAGACAUGGCAGAUUUUUGUCAGAAACAGAUUUUGUUGAGCAUGUCUAUGCCUUCCUAUGUUCCUGUCACUGAAAUUAAUGACAUGAUGUGUACUACAAACUGGACAGAAGUAAUCAUUGAAAUGACAGCAAUGUACGAUAUGACUGGUGCAAUCGAAAAGAUGAUGUCUGCAAUGAUGGACAACAGUACAGAGUCAUCUCCCUUUGAUUGGACAGGCAUGGUUAAAAAUGUGGAUAAGAUGGUUACAAUUUACAGCAGUCCUACACCACUAAUGGAGGGAAAUCCUAUUGUCACUAUUAUGUCAAUGAAUAUGUCUGUCUUACAAGAGACUAUGAAUGUUGUUAUGAAUAACCUUCAGAAAAUGAAUGUACAAAAUAUUACUGCUUUGACAUCCUUAGGCCUUUCUAUGAUGGAACAGUUAGAUUCAACCAUGUCUUCUAACAACAUGUGGAGAACAAUGAAAGUCUACUUAGAUGUUUGGAAUAGCUAUGUUAUAUUGGCUAAUAAACAGUUAGAAAAUCCACAGUUAAUUGUUGAUAUAAAUUUGCUGGCCAAUAUGUCAUCAACAUUUGCUGAAUUCAUACAGACAUCGUCUGCUACCAUUCCUGGUCUACUGGAAGCUUUGAAAAAUACAACUGUUGAUGUCACACAGUUCUUCAAAGUAUUAAUUGCUGGAGAUUGGACAAAGAUUUGUCAGGGUACAAAAAUAACUGAUCUGCUUACAUCAUCUCCUAAUACAGAUCUGGCUAAGUUUGAAGAUGACCUUUGUAAGAUGGACUGGACAAAAAUAUUAAUUGAGCUUGGAGAAAACCAAGAUGUUGACAUAAAGCUUUUUACAGAAAAGAUCACUAAUUUAUUCAUUAUUGAUCGUAACAAUGUGACCAAUAUUGACCUUGACUGGAAUGCUAUUGAGAAGAACACAGGCAGAAUGUUUGAAUUACUGAUGACAGUCAAUGUUGAUAGUCUAAUAUCCUGGGACAAACUAUUUACACAGUUUGACUUACAGAAAUCUAAUACAACUUGGAAUGACUUCAUAUCUGUUUUCACUAUGACCAAAGAUUUAGAUGUGAAAAAUUUAAUGAAUAUUUUUGAUGGAUUAAAUGCAGUGGGGACAUCUUUGAUCAAUAUGAAUCUAAAUAGUACAGCAUCUGCCAUGGAAGCCAAUAUUGUGCAGUCCUUGCUCUAUCAACAACUUCACAUCUAUAAAUUUAUAGUCAUUCAACUCCAAUAUUUUAAUGAUACAGGAAAUGUUGAUUUAAGACAAUAUUUUAAUUCUGAAGAAGUCAAUAGAUUGUUAGACACUAUAGCAUUUUCUCCAGAGGUCAGCACUGUAGCUUUAUUGACACUGGUGGACACAUUGCAGGAUCCCAAUAAGGUCACCAUGGUAUUGAAUUCCUGGGAAGAAAUGUGUUCUGAUCUGUCAGUUUUCAAGUCAGUUAUUUCAAUCCCUGCUAAUACAAGUGUAGACCCUGCUGAUCUGCAAACCAAAAUAUGUGGGGUUUACAUUAAUUACACCAAGUUGUAUGAGGAAUUGAUUGCAGGUGUUGAUGGUUUACCAGAACUCAUUGAAGCUUUAACUAAAAUGAAUGGUUCUGCUGUGCCAACAGAAUUCUGGAAGAUUUACGAGACUUAUAAUGAGCUGUUGAUGGACAUGAUAAACAACCCACCAAAUAUAACUAUUAGUGACAGCAAUGCAUGGCUAAUGGAGUCACAAUAUACCAAGGCAUGGGAAAGCUUUGUAUCCAGAGUAACUGAUGGAUUGAAGCCAGAAAAUUAUAUAGCGACACUCACCAGUUUUUCACAAAAGUCACAAGAAGCUGCCUUGAGUACUCUGGCCUCAGUCCCAGAAUUCAAUGCUAUUUUGAACUAUGUCAGUGUAUAUAUGAAAGUCAUAUUGAACAGAUUCAACCAAAGUACUAGUGUAAAUGAUUUCACCUCUCUGUUUAAUGGUUAUCCUGAGAUGGAGAAAGUUACAGCAUUAAUGGAUGAUUUACCACAAUUAUAUCAAGUCUGGGUGUUUAACAGUAUUUAUCAUUCUAAUAAGAUUUCAAGCUUACUGGUAAAUUUACAGAGUUGGGACCAGUUCUGUGAUAUGACUGAUCCCCUGUUUGAUGUUCCAGGAUCCAAUUUUAGUAUAUCUGGAUUUCAAUCUGCCCUCUGUAAUCUGAACUUGACGAGACUUAUGCUAGAAGCUACUGAAUAUAAUGCUGUACCUGAAAUAGAACAAUUGUUUUCAAACACCAGUGGCUCACUACACAUAGUCAACACAACAGAACUUGUUGCACAGUUUAAACAACUUUCAAACUUGUUGAUGGGAUAUAUAGAAAAGACAACAAAUAGUGGUCUUGGUAACUACACACUACCAAAGUUCUUAAAUAUGCAGCAUUGGAUUGAUGCAUCUGAGAUGUUAAAUUCUAUAAUAAGUGAUCCAGCAAGACUUAUGCAGUUGUCAACAUCGUUACCUAGUGUACUUCAGUCAACCAGUAAUGCAACUAAUCUGCAAGGGCUAAUACAAACAAUGGUAGACAGUGAUCCAGUAUUUAAACAAUCUAUACAGACAUAUAAAGCUUUCUACAUAAUCUUUCAACAUUUUAUCAGUAGGAUAGAGAAUAAGACAGUGCUAAUGAUGGGAGAUUUGUUUGGUAAUGCUACAGAAAUGAUCAAACUCUGGGAAUUGUUUAUCAGACCUGGUGUUUUAGAAACUGUCUUAAAUUCUGUCAACACUCCACAGAUGACUUCACUGUUUGCCAAUGAAAAUAUCACAGCAGUUAUGAUGUCACUGUGUUAUACUGGGAACUUUUCACAUUACUUCACUGUGCCAAGUUAUAUCAGCUUGGACAUAAAACAACUUAAAACAGACUUCUGUGCAUUAGACCUAAUGAAAAUAGCUUCAGAAAUUAGCCAUGAAAUGGAAUCUGUUGAAUCAGCUAUCACUGAGGCUUUCAGUAAUACGUCUGAGAUUGGUUGGGAUAUCAUUUCCAAGUUUCUAGGCAUUGAUCAAACCUUGACCAAUCAGAUGACAGCUCUUAUAGAACAUCCACCUAUGUUGGAGUUGCCUAACACUUGGAUGAAUGAAUCUUAUUGGAUGAACCUGCUUGUACAGUAUACACAGAGCAGACAAGAUCAACAGGAUAUUGCUGCAGAGCUUCUUAAUUUCAUGAAUUCUCUACAGCCAAUGUUAACUGAAGAGCCAUUUUUAUCCAUGGGACAUAUGCUGGACACCUAUCUACAACUGCUAUUAGAUAAUCUUCAAGCAGUUAAUUCAACUACACUGACUUUGGAUAAUAUGUUCAGGUCCAUUCCAGCUCUAUCUGACAUUUACACAACUCUAAAAAUAAAUGAUAGUGUCUUGAACGAACUCUUUAUGUCGCCUAUGAAGAAUCCAGAGGAAUUUUUUAAACUGAUGUCACUAACAGACCCGUACAAAUACUUCUGUGAAGAGGAAAAGCACUGGCAUAUUAUAUUUGUUGUGAAUGCUGAUACACCUAGUAAACUUUGCUCUGGAAACACUUCUGAGAUUUUGGAAGAUUUGAUGAAUAAAUUGAAGAUUUCAGACUACAUGAGUGCCAUGGAAAAUGCAACAAAUUUACCAGACUGGGCAAAUAUCAUUAAAAAUUCUAUGAAAUUGUCUGAGACCAUAAUGCAAAUGAUUUCAUCUGAUAAAAUAAAAUUUGACCUUUCUAAAACAUUGACUACUUUAUCAUCAUAUAAUAAUACUGACUUUUUAUGGAAUUAUUUAUCUUUGUUUUCACAAUUGGGUACACAAGUGAACAGCACUAGUUCUGAAACUUGGGGUGAACUUGAUUCAAUCUUUAAAAAUAUGCAGUUGGCAACGCAGCUGACAAACGUUAUUAUGGAUAAGAUUUUGACACCAGGAAAUAAAAUUGAUUUUGGUGCCAUUGUAAGGAAUACCAGCGUUGUGACAGCUUUGCUGAAAUCUAUUGACUUAAGUUCUGAUUCUGUGAAUGGAUUAUUUAAUGGAUAUCUUAGAGCAGACAAGAUCAGUCAGUUUUUAAGCAUUUUAGGAGAUGGUACUGCUUUAGAAUACUUCCUGUGUGAUCAACAACAAUGGCAUGACAUAUUUGAUUUCCCUCCAUCUCUAAACCUGUCUAAAAUAAUUACACCAUUAUGUCAGAGCAACAAUACAGAUGUCUUAGUUAUGUUGUCAGAACAGUUGCAGCUACAGACAGUUUUACCACUGAUUGCAAAUAUGAGUGCUUCAUUUAAUAUACAGACCUUCUCAGGGGAUAUUGAAAAAUUAACAGCAAACUUGAUGAAGUUGUACAAUGUGACGACUGCUGAUUUUAGUGGUGUUGACCUUGAUAAAAUAUUUGAUGUCAACAUGACAGCGUUUAUGACAGCUCUUCAGACAGAAUCAGAAAAACUACAAGGACCAUAUCCAGAUAUGUAUACCAAACUGGUAGAAAAUGUGUUGAGUUCUUUGAUAAAUAUUAGUGACCCUAGCGGUAGACUUCCUGUUUACGUCUUAGCUGCUUCCAAUAUAUGGAUAUCAAUAUUCAAUAGACAACUGACGGAUUUAACAUAUAAACCAAUGAAUGUGUCAACUCUGUUGUAUGGGUCUAACGUUGGUAAGGCAGUCAAUAUGUUGCUCCAAGAUCCUUCAUGGAUUGAUGAACUCUUUGAUGCUCAAAUUGAUACGCAAAAGAUGUCUGAAUUACUAACGAAUAAUUCAGCGUCCAUUUGUACUCAACAAUUCUGGGAAGAUGUUGUUACCAGUGGCAAUAUGACUGCUGUUAAAAAAAUAUGGGAGACAGUUUGUGCCUUAAAUGAAAGCACAAUUGUACAAGAAGCAAUGUCAGGAUUUGUCAACAGUUAUCUUUUCCAACAGCAGCUUGCUGCAUUGACUGAAGAAAUGAACAAAGGAAUUUUGAACAUAUCAACACUUUACCCAAAUCUGGUGGAACUAUCAGGCAUUAUAAACAACAUGAUUCAACAGACACCAGAUGUCAGCAGUGUGUUUAAUGUCACAUCAUUUUCAAGCGUGUUUGAAAGAUUAGGAAUGAUGCUUCAACAACAACUAGGACAGAAAUUGACAGAUUGGACAUCAAUGUUCCUUCCUUUGUUGCCUACAGCUGAUGAAACAUUGGUUAAGGCUACACAAACCUUUAAUGUUAUCCUGAAGGAAAUCAACAGCAGGCUGAUGCAUAUGCAAGGAACUGUUAGUCUUUCAACUCUACUUAAGAAUUCAACAGAGCUAGUUGAUAUAUUCCAGUCCAUUUUUAACAUUGCAAAUAAUGGAACACAAGCUGUUGAGUCUAACAAUAUUGAUAUUUCAAAGCUUUCAGAAGUCAUAUCAACCUCAACCUUAUUCACACACCUCUGUGAAAAUAAAACCUUAGCAGAUUACAUCACACCUGAAGGAGUUAUCUCCCCUAUAGCAGCAGAUCUGGGGAAGGUCAUGUGUAUAUACCCAGAAGCCUUCCUUCAAGUGUUGAUGGACCAGAGUCAAUCACAACAACUACAAAAACAGAUUGAGGAAAUCUGGAAUAGUAACUCUUCAAGUGCUGUUGAUUGGAUGAACAUACAACAAAACAUAAACAACUUCACUGUGUUGUUGACUGCACUGAUACAACAACCACCAAAUGUAGACAACAGUUUAACAACCAUGCUAGAUGUAUCUCUGUUAAUGAAAUCAUUAGAGGGAAUGUUCCAAUCUCCGCAGACGAUAUUUGCUCUAACUGGUUCCUUGAGCUCUUUGUUGAACAUUCCAGUAGAUACCAGUAUUUACCCAUACUACCUCACAUGGCAAGAAGUGUACACUCAGAUGAAUGCUGUUAUUGGUAGUCUGAAAAAUUCUCCUUCAAACAGUAAUGGAGCUAUCCAGAAUUUAUGGAAUGCCAUGCUGUCACUAGACUCACAUCUGAGUGUCAUUCAGAAAAAUGCUUCUUAUGAUGACCUUGUAGCUCAACUUGGCAAAGAUCCAGAAUUACAAAGUAAGAUAUGUGAUCAGGAUCAGAUACAGAUGUCUGCUGGCUCAGAUUUUACUGAGAAAGUUUAUAAUGCUUUGUGUAGACAGGAUCCUAAAGACUGGAACAGAAGACUUGUGGAUACAGGAUUCCCAGAAUAUUAUGGAUAUUUCCUGUUGACAAACAUGGUGCAAAACAGCUACAGUAAUACCUCAAUGUCUGAGCUACUGAAUACAUUCAUCACUCAGAUUCAGAGUCUGACUACAAGCUUGAGUGAAAUGAGUGAAUCUGACCUGACUAAAUUACAAAACAUUCUUCUGGGAGAUUUAACAAACCUCACCAUUAGUCAACAGUUUUAUCAGUCAUUUAAUUGGUUGAACUUGAUUGAUAACACUACUGAAGGAUGGCUGUUAGGAAUGCUGAACUUUGUAACAGAAAUAAAUGUCUAUGUAGAAAGACAGUUUAGUGUGCUGAAAGGUAUGGGUGCAGAAGUGCCAUUGACUCUCCUAUUACCGAAUAACACAGCAGUGGCACAACUGUUGGAGGCCACUUUUGGAAAACAGACUGCUGCCACUCUGCUAGCUUCAUAUAUGGCACCAGAAAGAUUUUUGGAAAUCGCUUUCUCAAAUUCCUGGGAAGAGUAUGUUUGCAAAGAUGCUGCCACAUUUACUGACACAUUUAGAAUUAAUCCUGACAGUGGCAUCAAUAUAACCCUACUACAGCACGACCUUUGUGAAGAUUUGUCUAAACAAGAUUCUACAAUUAAAUCAAUACUGCAGCGUUUAGAUAUGUCUGCAGUUUUUAAUGCUUUUAAUAAUUGGAUGAUGGGUAAAACUGUGUCCAUGGGAACAGCAAACAACACAAACUUAUACAUGGCAAUACAGCAGAAGAUAGAGGAGUUUGUUGCCACGGUAACAAAAAUAUCAAAUGUGACCUUGACAGAAGAUGGUAUGGAUGCUUGGUUGACUCCCAUAUGGACUGCCUUAUCAACACUGAGUAUGCCACAAGAUAGCAUUGGAGAGACUUGCAAUGCUGUUAUAUCUUAUAUUGAGAAUUCUGCUAUGUACAGAGAGGAUAUUAGACCAGUGCUAGUAGGAGUCUAUCAAAAUAUGAAAAGCCAGCUCAGUCAGAUGAAGCUUCAGACAGCUAUAGAAGAAAUGAUUUGUGGUGAACCAGUAAAUUCAACAGUCUUCAUAAAGAGAUUAAUAUCAUCAAACAUAACAACAUUCCUUACACAGGUAUUGAAUCCUACAAUGGAUGUCUCUGGGAAGUUCCAGUGCAAUGAGAUGGUAGAUCUGUUCAACAAAUUAGCAGGUCAGAUGAAUGAAUCUAUUUAUAGCAUGAUGACUGGUAACCAUAUGGAAAAAUGUGGAGAUAACUUCUACCAGUCCUUUAUGAUGUUUAUUGAGGAUUCAUCAUCGUCCUUCCAACUGAUUCAAGAAAUUAUGAAGAUGCUGUCAGAUCCAUCUUUACAAGGACUUAUGGGUAACCAGGACCUACUAGGUAUUGCACAAUUCUUUCUCAAUGCAUACAGUCAGCAACAAGAUGUAUCUUUGAAGUUCAUGAAUAUCCUUACUUCCCCUGGAGAUUUCAGUGCAAUCUUACAGCAGACAAUGUCAUUGGCUCCAGAGAUGAUCAAUACUUUAAUGCAAUCUACAUUAAAUACAAAUGCAACAUCUUUAUCCAAUGUAUCAUCCUCUGACCUUCAGAAGAUUUUGUGUAACUCAACAGCAUUGGACCAGUACUUAACAGUACCAUCCUUUAGUAACAUUACGACCUCUGACCUUACUAAAGCACUAUGUAAUAAUGCUACAGAAGUUAUAGCCAGCGUUGCCAGAGGACUUCUUGAUGUAAAUCUCCUAAAUAUGUUGAAUACAGCAAAUGCAACAGACUUAACAUGGUGGACAGUAACAUUGGGACAUCUUGGCGAUGUUAUUGGACAACUGAAUUCUUUGUCUUCGUUACCUUCCCUUGAUUUUACCAAGAUGGAUUUUGACAACCUGCAGGCAGACUUGUUGCUUUAUAUGCAGAAAUUUUUGUUUGAUAAUGGUCCAGAAGCAAUAGCUAGAAGUUUGAAUGUCUUGAUAGAAGAUUUUGCCAGAUUAGAUCCAACUGUUUUGACAGAUCCAAUUGUCAAAGACAUACAGGCUAUUACACUAGGGUUGACCUCUUUAAAGGUUAUCAGGAACUUUAUCCCACCUAAUGUACUGAUCAGAGAUGUUGUAAAAGACAGAGAUCAAUUCAAGAACUACAUGACCCAGAAGUUGAACUUGUCAUCUGAUGUAGCAGACGCCAUACUCAGCAGUACUAUUAAAUAUGCUUCUCUAUUAGGAUACAAUGAGAAAGAUAUACAAGGUAUGCUGUGUAAUGCCACCAGACUUGAGACAGUCGUCAGUCUACCAAAAUCAUCUAAUGUGACAUCAACUCAUCUUGUUGAAUCCCUUUGUUCCUUGUCGGAAGAGAAAGCUAUCAACCUAACUAUGUCAUUACUGAUGGAGCUUGAUAUUGGUGAAAUGGUUGAAAUGUAUGUGUCAUCUGGAAUAGAUACUCUCCUCCAAUCAUUAAACAAAUCUCAAGAUGAGAUAAAGGAUGCAGUAAAAAAAUUAACGUCUGCUCAGGAGGACUUCCAAUUGGCGGCUGAUUCUUUCAAGGCCAGUACAGAGAGACUUAAUUUGAGUAUAUUCCUAGAGCCAGAAUAUUUAACAGGUUCACAAGGUCAACAGACCCUAGGAGAUCUUUUAUGUGGUUAUGAAACUUCCCGUAUUGAAUCAUCAGCAGCAGGAGAUGACUUAAGUGGAGCAUCGUCUCAGUUGAGUGGAGUUACAAAAAUGGUGGCGAGACAAGAAAGUGAACUGUCUGAGAUGCCAGAAACCUGCAAGAAUAUAUAUGAUUUGAUCAAGGGAAUGGAUAAUGGACCUGUACUGUGGGAAUAUUUGAAACCAUUGUUGUGGGGCAAGAUAUUGUAUACCCCUGAUACACCAGAAGGGAGACUGAUUGCUGAGAAGGUCUACAAUUCGUCAUUCAAAGGCUUAGCUGAUGUUCAGAGAAUCGCUAAGAGUUGGGCCAUGGGAACAGAAAAUCUGGUCAAUAUGUUAAAAGAUGAUAAUAUGAAAACAAAACUAGAGUCAAUGCUUGGUAAUUUAGUGAUAGACAAUGUGAUGUCCACAUUAUUUGGUGUAUCUGGCAAGGACUUUAUGGACGGAUUCUAUUCUAUAAACUCUGUAAACACGUCUCAGUUGGAUGCCAUGUCAUCUGUAGCCACACUGGUACAUAAAUACAUGAGCUGCAUUGUCACUGACAGAUUUGAGGGAACCAGUACAGAACAACAACUAGAAAUAAGAGCGGCAGAAUUAAAUGUCAAGAAACAAUUUCUCGCAGGAUUAGUUUUUGAUAACCUUGGAAAUGGAGGAGGGAGAAAGAAAAGGGCAGCAACUGCAUCACUGCCACAACAUGUUUCUUACAAAAUCAGAAUGGAUAUAGAUAAUGUUAUGUACACAAGAAAUAUAAAAGAACAGUAUUGGCAUCCAAAACCAGAGGAUGAUUUCUUCACAGAAUUACGAUAUCUACGUGGAUUUUUACAAAUUCAGGAUAUUUUAGACAGAAGUAUAAUAAGUCUGCAGACAGGAGCAGAGGUGAACAGUUCAAUAUACAUGCAACAAUUCCCAACUACUUGCUACAGAAAAGAUAAUUAUCUCCACACACUGAGUACUUUCCUAUUGCCGGUUUUGAUGACAGUGGCAUGGCUUGUGUCUGUAGCCAUAGCAACUAGAAACUUGGUGAAUGACAGAGAAAGGGGUCAGGAAGAGAUCCUGAAGAUAAUGGGAAUGAGCAGUGUCCUGAAUUGGUGGGUGUGGUUUUUCUGUACCAUGAUAAUGAUGAGCAUCGUAGCUUUAUUAUGUAUCGUAGCCUUACGUGUAGGAAACCUGUUUACAUACAGUAAUGUGGGAAUACUUGCUUUAUACUUUAUAGACUUCUGCUUCUCCAGUAUAAUGUUAUGCUACAUGGUCAGUGCCCUCUUCACACGUACCACUCUAGCCUUGCUGACUGUUGUAAUUGUCUACUUCUUAUCAUACCUACCAUACAUUGUUUUGACAUCAUUGGAUUAUGACAUGUUGUUCUGGCAGAAGACACUAGCAUGUCUGUCAUCCACAACAGCCUUUGGAUUUGGUGCCCAUCACCUGUCUAGGUACGAGACCCUGAUGGAAGGUAUACAGUGGUCCAACAUUGACAAAAGUCCUAUCCUUGGAGAUGAGACCAGUUUCUCUUGGUGCUGUUAUAUGAUGUUGAUUGAUGGGUGUAUAUAUCUAGUAAUAGGGUGGUACAUCAGAAAUGUGAAACCAGGGAAAUAUGGAGUAGCACAGCCAUGGUAUUUCCCAAUUUCACCAUACUAUUGGGGAGUGAAUUCAUCAUCAUCAAGCAGUGCCAGCAAGUACAAGAAAGAAAUAGAUGGUUUGAAUGAACCCAUGGAUAAGAACAGAGUUGCAGGUAUUUCCUUGAGGAAUCUAACAAAGAAGUUUGGUAAAAGGACAGCUGUCAAUAACAUUACUGCAGAAAUCUAUGAACACCAAGUAACAGUUUUGUUAGGUCAUAACGGUGCUGCCAAAACUACAACAAUGAACAUGAUAACAGGGAUGUUAAAGCCAUCAUCAGGAAGUGUGAAGAUUUAUGGGAAAUCUCCAACAAAAGCUAAAAAUAUUGGUCUCUGUCCACAACAUUCUGCAUUGUUUGACUUCAUGACUGUACAAGAACACAUGGAGUUUUAUGGUUCUGUGAAGUCUAACUGGCCUAAGGAUCAACUCAGGGAAAACAUCUAUCAGCUUCUUAAAGAAGUUGGUCUGCUGCAUGUUCAGAACAUGAAAUCUUGCCAGUUAUCUGGUGGUAUGCAGAAGAGAUUGAGUGUGGCUAUAGCUUUUGUUGGUGGAUCAGAAGUGGUUGUUCUGGAUGAGCCGUCCAGUGGUGUUGAUCCUAGUGCUCGUAGAGCCAUGUGGAACCUUAUAUUGAAGAGGAAAACAAAUUGUACAGUAUUACUUUCAACACAUUUCCUGGAUGAGGCUGACAUGAUUGGAGACAGAAUCGCCAUUAUGCACAAUGGACAGAUGAUGUGUACUGGUUCAUCACAUUUUCUCAAGGCCAAUCUUGGUAGUGGUUAUCAUCUGAAAAUAGCUAAAGGAGACCGAUGUGACCAGAUGAGUGUGAUGGGGCUGAUCACAUCAUUAUUACCUAGAGCAGACAUUGUAGAAGAUAUUGGUGCUGAGAUGACUGUUUCCCUGUCUGCUACUGUUGCUAAUGUUGAUGGUUUACAGAAAUGUCUUCAUGAACUGGAUGUGAAGGGUGAAGAAUUAGGCAUUGCUAGCUAUGGACUUUAUGAUACAACACUAGAAGAGGUUUUCCUGAAGGUUUGUAAUGUAAGUGACAAAGGGGUUCAGUUAACAGAAGAUGUGUUGCACAAUCUGAGAAAACAAACAAAUCUUGAUAUGCUUAAAACAAAGGAAGGCAGUGAACCAACUGUUGAUUGUGAGAGUGGAGAAGUCAAAGAAUCUACAUAUGCUGACCCAAGGAAAAGAAUUGGUACCUGCAGUCAAAGUUUUCAACAGAUUGGAGCCCUUCUUUUGAAAAGGUUCCAUCAUUACAAGAGAGAUUGGAGAAUGUUAUUUGGUUUGGUCAUUCUACCUCUGAUAUUCGUCACAGCUGGUCUUGGAUUCUUCAAAAUCAAACCUACACUUUCAUCUCCGCAGUUAAUUCUUACUCCUGCUCUGUAUGGUCCAAAUGCUUAUGUUUUCCAUCAAGACAAUGUGCAGUCAGCAAUGACAAUGAAAAUGAGGUACCAGUUAAUGGCACCACCAGGACCAGGCACAACCUGUAUGGCUGGUAUGGAUUUAGGUGAGCCAUAUAGAUGUGAAAAUGCUGAUACUUCAUUCCACACUCCAACGUCAGCUUCAACGGGUACUCCUGAAUGUCAUUGUUCAGAGUCCAAGUACACAUGUAAUGAUGCAGCUAAAUACCAAUCUGUUCCUUGGAUGAAGAUGAAUACAACAGACAAAUUACAGGAUCUUAAUGGCCACAAUAUACAAGAUUACCUUCUGAUGACAAGAUCAGAAUUUAGAGAGAAAAGAUAUGGAGGAUGGUCAUUUGAUGCUGAUGGCACAAAGUUUAGAAGUACUGUUUGGUUCAACAAUAAGGGACACCACGCUUUACCAUCAUUCACCAAUGGCCUGAGUAAUAUCAUGUUGAGAGCCAUGGUUCCUUCAGGAGAAGCAGAACAAUAUGGUAUAACAGCUUACACCCACCCACUGAUGUUGACAGAUGGACAGUUGAGUGAGGAUACCUUAUUGCAAAAGGCAGCAGACUAUGGUAUUUCAGUGGUAUUUUUAGUAGCCUUCACCUUUAUCCCUGCUGGAUUGAUGGUGUACGUGGUAAAUGAAUAUACAAACAAGGAGAAACAGCUACAAUUUUUGAGUGGGGUUGGACCUUUCAUGUACUGGACAACAUCUUUCCUUUGGGAUAUGUGUAUUUAUAGCAUCAUGAUGGCUUUGACUGUUGCUUUAAUGGCAGCAUUCCAAGACGAUGCCUACUGGAACAGAGAUAAUCUUUCUGCUGUAGUAACCCUCAUUAUACUGUUUGGAUGGGCCACCAUACCACAGAUGUAUAUGAGUAUAAAGAUAUUCAAGGACGCCACAACAUCGUACAUGGUUAUGUUUUGUUUAAACAUCUUUGUUGGAAUUGUAUCCAUGGCUGUCAUUUUCAUAUUGCAAUUCUUUUCAAAAAUAGAGAGUGUUGAAAAUGCCUAUCAGGUAAUGAGACAUGUCUUGAAAAUCUUCCCACCGUUCAACUUAGUCAGUGGCAUUGUCGAGCUCAUCUAUAAUCAAAUGAUGUCCGACAUUCUGGGUAGAUUUGGAGAUGAUCCUUAUGUCUGGCCAUUUGAUUUUGAUGUUAUUGGAUGGCAGCUGGUUGCCUUGGCAAUAGAAGGCUUGAUAUUUUUUAUUAUCACUUUGUUGGUGGAAAUCAGAAUAAACCACACCAGAAGAACAAGAAGACAUGAAGAGGAACUUGAAUAUUUAGAUGCAGCUGUAUCUAACGAGAGAACACGGGUGAAUUCAGGUUAUGCUAAAGAUGAUAUUCUAGUUAUCAACAACUUAACCAAGGAGUACACAAGAGGGAGGAGAGAAUUUAAUGCUGUAGAUCAUAUUUGUGUUGGUGUUCCUCGUGGAGAGUGUUUUGGAUUACUUGGUGAGAAUGGUGCUGGUAAAACAACCAGUUUUAGAAUGCUGACGGGAGAUUUAUUACCAACAGAAGGGGAGGCAACUAUCAAAGGACAUAGAAUAUCUAGGGCAGACGCUAGCAUUGGACAGGAAGUUGGUUAUUGUCCACAGGAAGAUGCUUUAGAUGGUUGUCUAACUGGCAGAGAAAUGUUACAUUGCUAUGCCAGGUUGAGAGGAUUGCCUGCAGACAGUAGAAAAUAUGUUGUGGAUGACGUGAUAAAGAAAUUUGGAUUGAAGGAAGCAGACAAAUCUAUACACCAUUAUAGUGGUGGUAUGAAGAGGAAACUUUCUGUUGCCAUAGCAAUGCUUGGAGAACCACCUGUUGUUUUGUUGGAUGAACCAACGACAGGUAUGGAUCCUAACACGCGUCGUCAUGUGUGGAAUAUUUUAUUAGCAGCCGUCAAAAAUCAACAGUCAGUCGUUCUUAGUUCACACAGUAUGGAGGAAUGUGAUGCAUUGUGUACUAGACUGGCUAUAAUGGUGAAUGGGGAAUUCAAAUGUUUGGGAAGUCCACAACAACUUAAAAACUUAUAUGGUGAUGGCUACAUUGUAACAGUUUAUAUGUCUGGUUUAUCAACAAAUAAAGUUAGAGUACGAGAUUUCUUUUUGUCAACAUUCCAUGGAUGUCGGACAAGGGAGGAUCACCAUGGGGUUUUACAGAUUGAGAUUCCGAAAGGCAGAUCUUCAGUAUCAGAUAUAUUUGUACAGCUGGAACAAAUUAAACAUCAAUACAACAUCAUGCAUUACUCCGUUUCACAAACAACACUUGACAAUGUAUUUUUGAAUUUUGUACGUGAUCAAAAUGAUGGUGUAGUACCAGAAAUAUAUGAAUCCAGUUCUGAAGGAAGUACUUCUGGAGACACAUGGACUGAAGGUUCUUCAGAGGCUUUUGGUAAUCCUCAGUAUGCUUACAAUAAUGAAGGUUUUACGACAGAAAAAGAUUCUCUUCCUGUCAGAUAUAUUGACUACAACAAAGAUGGCCGACAUAGUCCACUUUAUGCUACAAAAAUGUGAUUUAUUUUCAGUGCGGAGAACAAUAAAAAAACAGCUUCUUUGGACAUGGUUUAGAUUUUUUUUAUAUGAAAUUUACAAACCAUUUUGAUAACAGUUUAUGAUUUACAGCAACUUGUUUAAGAUGGCAUUGUUAGAUAUUUUUCAUCUCUGAAAUGUGAUUUUACCAAAGAGAUUAGAAUAUGAAUUGAUACAGCCUUAUGUUAUACAAUGUGGUAAAAAUAAUCCAUUAGAAAACAGUAAAACCAACUUUCAUAAUCCAUGAUCUACUUUGUUUGCUAAUAAGGACAAUGAAUGAGUUUUACUCUUGUAAACUGAAUUGUCUAUUUAUGAAUUUAUUGGAUUACGCAUUCUGGGUAAUUUUCUUGAAAGUGUUCAUAACACAAUAAGUUAAUAACUUAACAACAAAAAUUCAGCCAAUGACAGUAUGUUAUUCUCAUUUUGGGAUACAAGCAUGAAAUUACUCAUAAUUCUUUAGAAUCAGAAAUAUUUACGUUAAAUGAUGUUAAUUUAUACACAUAUGCUGUAAAGACAUAGAGGGAUGUGAAAAACUUUUAUAUUCUUCAUUUUGAUUUGUUUCUUGUAGAAAAUACAUAAUUCAGCUUUUAUUUUGUUCAUGAAGGGGGUACUUGUUAAAGUUGUGUGCUUCUUUUUUUAGCAUGAGAUUAACUUUACAAUGAUUAUUUUAUAUAUAGAGAUAUAUUUAUCUAUAUUUUUUCUUUUAUGAGUAAACAAUGCAAGUUAACUGUUUUUGCUUUUAUAUGCCGUUUUUAAUCAAUGCAAAAAACUUGAAAUGUCUAUUUCUGGUUGUUGUUAUUUUUGUGUGUGCCUUAAACAAAAAAUAAGGUUAUAGAAAACAUUUUGUUUCUAGUAUCAAUGUAUUUGUAAUUAUAAAGUUCUAUUUAGAAUGUUUCUGAAUUUUCUAUGGACCAACAUAAUUUUUACUAUUUCACUCACAGGGCCUCAGUGGCAGAGUGGUCUAAGUAGUUACUACUGAAAUCACCAGCCAGUCAAGACUGGGGUUGUGGGUUUGAACCCCACUAAUGCGGGUGCACUCAACUCCAAUCUUAAUCGACUAGGAUUGUCAUUUUUCAGAUCAGAGGUUAGUGGUUUUCUCAAGGCACUCCGGCUUCCUCCACCAAUAAAAACUGGCCACAAAGAAAUAGCCUAAAUAUGGUGCUUAAAUGUGCCGUUAAAACACCAAAAAUCAAAGUCAAAUCCUAUUUCACCCUUUUACCUUUUGCCACCAAGAAGUAAAACAAAAUUCACAACAAAACAUAUUUUUUAUUCGUCUUCUGUUAAACAAAAAUGUGGAAGUGAACAUAGUUUUAGAGUAAAGGAAAUGUCUUUAAAAGCGGAGUGUUUUAAUAACCAAAUAUUUUGUCUUUUAAAACCUCCUUAGGGUGGUAUAUAUCAAUGCAAGAUUAUUUUUUUAUUUUUGAAAUAUGUAAUUUAUACUUAUUUCUUGUUAUUGUCAGACCCUAAAUGUUAUAAUUUUUAUUUCAAUGCAAAAUAUCAGAGUGGUGCAAAAUUACUUAUAUUUUAAAUAUGUGUUGAUUUCUGUUGAUUAUGUCAUGUAUGUAGUAUCGAUAUUUCAUUGCCUUAUAAAUAAAGAACAAUGUAUUUUUGUUUCAAAAAGAUUGUAGCUUUCUAAAAUCUAUAGUGUAUUUAGUGUAGUUCUGUACCGUAAUAAACUUAGUAUGCAUAAAAAGUCACCAUUACUUAAAGAGAUUUCUUGUAAAAAAAUGUAUGCAUAAUAGACAAAAAUUUGUAUAUCUGUAUAUACAUUGUAUUAAGUCUUUUUUAUAUUAAAUUUAGAUACUUAUUGUGUGCAAUAAAUGAAUAAAAGGUUCAAAAGUUUUACUAUGACAGAACUUUUUGGGGGUACAUUGUCUUACAUAAAUAACAUUGGAAAACACAUCACGUUUGAUCUGGGACACCCAACAUCUUUUUUCUCUUAUUUGACAAAAAUCUCAUGGGAAAUGAUAUACAUGUAUUUCAUAUAGCUGAGAACAAAGUUGGGAAAAUAAUAUACUUCAUAUGAGUAUGUUCAAAGUUGAAAUUUUCUUAUAUUUUAGCCUUAAAAUACAAAAGACAAACUUUAAUGGUAAAAUAUCAUAUUUCCAGUAAUGGAAAAAAAACUAGGAAUACAUACAUUGAAAGGGUAAAAUAAUAUUAUGUCCUCAGCAGGGGAACGUAAUCAAAUACAUGUAUAACCAAGAAUUUUAUCAUGCUUCAUCAGCCAUUUUGUCUCAAAGUCUGUGAUAAUAUUAUUCAUGAUGCAUUAUUUGUUAUGAAAUAUACUAUUUAACUUUAACAGAUUAACUUUAUUUAACCCUUUUUAAUUAUAUUACUGCAUUUAAAUUUACAUUUUGUUUAUAUUUUUUUUUACUAAUAUCUCCAGAAUGAUUUUUUUACUGAUAUACUUUAAUUAUAAAAUUUGAUACACCAUUUUAAUGUUAAAAUAAUAUAUACAAUUAUUUUCAACUUCUCAAAUACAAUGUAUAUAGAAAAAGUCUGUCCAGAGAAUUCAUAAAUACUUUUAUACUUUCUUAUUUUCACAAUUAUUUGAGUUAAACUGACUACAAAUGAAAAAAAUCUUGACUGAACAUGAAAUGGAAGUCUUCCUUAAAUGUUAAGGGUAAAAUCUUUGCUCUUUUUAUAAAAAAUUGCAUCAUUUCAAUUUUGUUUUUGUGUAACUGCAGUAAAUCUGUAUUUGACCCAUAGUAAUGUUUUUGGCAAAGUUUAUUUUACUUUGAGGCUUAUAAUUUAUUUUAUUCUGUAUGUUUGAUUAUUUAUGUGUAACUGUAAUAUUUUAUCCUGUAACUUCAUUCUAAUUUUAAGCAAAAUUUAAAGUUUUAAAGACCCUUAAUUAACGAUAUACUCAUUUACAUGUAAUCAUUCCAAUUAAAAAAAAAAUGUUUUAUUUUCUUCAAUAGCUUCUAUUUGUUAUACCGUAAUGAGGUACAUAUGUCAAAGUAAGAAUACUAGGUCAACUGAACUAAUAGAGACCUUUUAUUCCCAUCAUAGGACUUGUUGGCAAUCAUUUCAUAUUUCCAUAUCUUUAUCUAAGGUACAUGUUAGUACAUGUGUAUUUUUAUGGUUGUGGAGGUUAAAUCUUUUGUCUAACUAUCUCAGUCAAUUGAAAAAACUCAUUAAACAUUAAGCAUUUGUCAUUACAUAUCAUUGUAUUUCUCUAUGUUUUCAUUACCACAUGUAAUUUCAAAUAGAAAUGUUCAUAUUUGAAUUGUGUUUUUUUUAUACAAUCUGACCAAAAAUAUAGU